CACUAUGUUGGCCAGGCUGGUCUCGAACUCCUGACCUCAGAUAAUCCAUCCACCUCAGCCUCCCAAAGUGCUAGGAUUACAGGUGUGUGCCACUGCGCCCGGCCACCAUUCUGUUUUAAAUAAGAGUUUUAUUAAGGUAUGAUUCAUAUACCGUAAAAUUCACCGUUGUAAAGUGUGCAGUUCAGUGGUUUUUAGUAUAUUUAGAGUUGUGCAGCCAUCACCAUCCAAUUCCAGAACGUUUUUGUCACCCCCUAAAGGAGCCAUUAGCCACCACUCCUCCCUGUUCCCCUCUCCAGCCCCUGGCACCCACUCCUCUGCUUCCUGUCUCUAUGAAUUUGCCUGGCUGAACACUUUACAGAAGUGGAUUCAUUCCUUCUCCUGGCUGAAUCCUCUUCCAUUCUGUGGGUAGACUGCGCUGAGUUUAGCCAUCCGUCUGUUGGAUGAGUGGUGCUGCCAUGAACCUCUGUGGACAAGUCUUGGUUUGGACGCAUGUGUUCACUUCUGCCAUUCUUCAGCUGAGCGUCUGGGCUGGUGGUCCCGUGUCUGGCCGCCAGGCCACAAAAGGGUGCUUGCUUCCCUUAUGCCCCGGGAAUCUUGGCACCUACUGCCCAAGCACAGCCCUCAGCCCCCUGGCCGCCACCCUCUGCAGGUGGCUGAGAUCUGCGUUGAAAUGGAGCUGCAGGACGAGAUUGUGCCCAGAGCCCAGAACAUCCAGAGCCGCCUGGACCGACAGACCAUCGAGACGGAGGAGGUGAACAAGACACUGAAGGCGACACUGCAGGCCCUGCUGGAGGUGGUGGCCUCGGAUGACGGGGAUGUGCUCGACUCCUUCCAGACCAGCCCCUCCACCGAGUCCCUCAAGUCCACCAGCUCAGACCCAGGCAGCCGGCAGGCAGGCCGGAGGCGUGGCCAGCAGCAGGAGACUGAAACCUUCUACCUCACGAAGCUCCAGGAGUAUCUGAGUGGACGGAGCAUCCUCGCCAAGCUGCAGGCCAAGCACGAGAAGCUGCAGGAGGCCCUUCAGCGAGGUGACAAGGAGGAGCGGGAGAUGUCUUGGACCCAGUACACACAGAGAAAAUUCCAGAAGAGCCGCCACCCCCGCCCCAGCUCCCAGUAUAACCAGAGACUCUUUGGGGGAGACAUGGAGAAGUUUAUCCAGGUACUUGCUUUGCCCCACAUGCCAGCCCACCUGUACAUGCUGGUCUUUCUUCAGCCCUGGGUCACCUCAGUGACCAGAGCAUCUGCCUGAUCCCAGGGUCCUCCACUCUCAGUCAUCAACUGUCCCUUUCUGGGUGGGCCUCCUCCGGGCCGCUAUUGGGCUCCCCUGUAGCCUCCGCUGAUUAAAGGGAGCAUCCUUAAUUAGUAAUGGGAAUGUAUAGAAAACCUGGGGCAGCAGCAUUUUUAGGUGCGAGAUAUUGAGAGCUUCUCCCCUGCAACUUCUGGCCAGCAUGGUACUGGGGAUCCUGGACAGUGAAAUAAGGGGAAGCAAGAAAGAUCAGAAAACUAAUACUGAGAUCAGAAAGCAUCAGAGGGUGCCAGGCACGGUGGCUCACGCCUGU